AGCACAAAGUUGAGAGCGUGGUUCCCUGAAGCCACAUCCGAACUAGGGUUCCAGUUUUCUGGUGCCCGGUUCCAACGGCCUGAGGAUUUCAAACAAGCAACUCCGCGAGCAUGCCGCUCCGCUUCCUCGAUCAAUCCCUUCAUCAAUGGCUUCUUCACUUCCCUGCCGACUCCGAUGUGUUUUUUGUGCUGCUUUCCGGUGCUCUCACACCUCCGGCUGUUCAUCGAUCGGAUGGAUUUUCAGAACCCUAGAUGCUUGAUCGAAGGACGCUAAAGUGCUUCGGAGCGCUUCAUUUUUGAGUUCUGAUUCCGGUUUAAGUUGAUCGGGGCAUCUGAGUUGACCGUUUUGUAAUUGUUUUGAUUGGCAAAGCAUUGACUUUGAUGAAUCCUUCAGCUCAACUUGGAUACUUGAUCGCCGGAUUCCUGCUUUCCUCCUGGGAUUCUGAGUUCUAGUGGAUAUAUCCAAUUCUCAGAAUUUAUUGUUUGGCAUGGCUUCGACACCGAGUCAAUCAUCCUCAGAGUCUGCUAUUGUCGAGCAAGUGAUCACUGAAUUCUUUGCUAAAAGCCUUCACAUCAUACUCGAGUCAAGGUCUCCAUAUGUUUCCUCUCGUAACCAUAGUGUUGAUCAUUUCAUAUCUUCUCCUUCCUCUUCAUCAUCUUUGUCGAGUAGCAGGCCAAGAGAUAAGUGGUUCAACCUGGCUUUACAAGACUGCCCGGCAGCUCUUGAAAAUUUUGACAUCUGGCGGCAGAGCAAUCUAGAGCCUCUUGUUGUCGAUAUUAUCCUUAUUCAUCGGCAGUGGGUCCCAGAUGUGGCUUCAUGCUUAUUGAGGAACCUCGCUUGGAAUCAUGAACUUGCACUGGAACCUAAAUCUGAAAAGAUUGUGGAGAGGUGGAUCCUGCGGUAUGAAAGCGUGAAGAGAUGCAGCAGCAAUUUGAAGCCAAAGAACCAAAGCAGUAAGAAAAACAGCAGGGCCUCUUCUCACUUAGAUGAAACAAAAUUGUAUGACCAAUCAAUCAUUUUGCUUCGCUCUUUGUAUGUUUUUAUUAGGCUUUUACCUGCAUACAAGCUUUUCCAUAAGCUCAAUGCCUCAGGUCGAAUCAAUCCACUUAGCCUUUCCCACAAAAUAUCUUCUUUUGGGGAACAUUUCACACAGGCAGAGGAGGCCAAUAUGAACAAGUUUUCGUUUGUGCCAAUUGCCACACCUUGUGGUAGGCUGAGUUUAUCAGUGUCGUACCUCCGUGCCUUGGAAGAUGUUGGAUCGGAGUCUUCUACUCCUUUAUCAACUCAAUUUAUAAUGGAUUAUGUUGGUAGUGCAACCACUGUUCCUCUUAAAAGGUUCACAUCUCUUCCUUCAGCAAGAGUAGAGGCUACAAUAGUUUCCUUUACUAGACAACAAAGUUGGAAUAAUGACCAUCAGAAUCUAUGUACAUCAUCUUCCUCUUCUUCACCUACACACUAUGAUGCUUAUGGCAUGCACCAUAAUUCAAGCCUUCGUUCUCCUGUCUGCAGGCAUGGGUCCAAGCGAUCUUCGCAUAUCGAUAAUGUUAGAUCUCAGCUAACAGUUGCCACUCAAACCCAAACAUGUUUGCUUGAAUCUAUAAUACAAACAAAAGGGGAAUCACCAAGAUCUUCAAAUUCUUUGAGGGACACAAACCUUCACAAGGAGUUUGAAUAUUGCAAAGAUGAAGUCAUCAAUUUACCUGACCAUGCAAGUAGUUCAACAUACAAACCAUACUCUAGAAACUCUAGUGCAUCUUCUUGCUUGGGUGAGUUUGAUGAUUGGGAAAUUUCAUGCCCAUUUGUGGAUGAAGAAGGUCAAACAGAGUCAAGCAACAGGAUUCAAAUCUCCAAAAACAAAGACCAGUUGGGUGAGAGACCAGCAACAGGAGACUUAGCCCCAGUCCAGCGGUCUUCCGAUGCUGCUGUUGGUGCACUUAUUGUAAUGCUAAAGGGUGCCAGACCACUUCGGGAAGAUCUACCCAAUUCGGUAAGGUCUUUGCAGGAUUCUGAAGUCCCAUCUGGGAACCCUGAGGUACAGCCUGAUAAAGAAUGCACACCCCAUGUUGAACAACCUGGUUACCAUGCUGUUAGUUUGACAACCACAUUGCUCAAGUCAAAGACCGCAAAUGCAUUAGAGGAGCUAAGAAGGUACAAGGAAGUGAAAGAAUCUAUAAUUGAGCAAUCAGCACCAAAAGAAAUAAGAUGAUAAAAAUGCACUGAUCUUAUAAAUUUUUGUAGAUAUGUACAGCAUGACUGGGAAGUUUUCCAAAACUUUUAUAGGCUUACUACAUAUGUACAUUUUAUCGCUAGGAUAGGAGGGUCUGUGCUGUGUGCAGAUAUGGGCUGCCACUCUGAACAACAGUGCCAGAAAUUGAUUUGUUUACUAUCAGUUCGUAUGGCAAUCAUCGUUACAUGUUUAGGCUUUAGGACUUGAUGUGGUCAAGUUACAUGGUUUUCUUC